UGGUGAAGCAGACACAUUGCAGUCACACUCUUGCGCUCGCUGCACCAAACCUACAAAUCACAGACUCUGUGGGCGCAGGGCAAGAGAGGAGGGAAAGAGCUGAAUGACAGAGAAGCGAAUGAGUGGGGACAAAGCAAGCGGCGGAACUGCCGAGACCAGCGUGGACCCGUUUCGGCGAGUCGCUUAACAUCUCCGGCUGAUUAUUCUUCCUCCUCCUCCCAGCCCCGCGUCUCUUCUCCCCCCCCUCCCUCACCUGAUGGGUCCCCAUGCAGAGCCACUCUCCGUCUGACUGAAAUGAACAGAGUGAAAGCCAACAGCUGCUGGAGAAAGGAUGCAGAAGAUCCUCUCAAUGCUGAGGGGAAACUAGACCAAACAGCUGGGAGAAGAGGGGGGAGCGAAGAGGGGAGGGGGGGCAGCGACCGUUUGGGAAAGCCGCUGCUCUCAGUGGAGGACGUAACGCGGAUGGAAAAAUAGGUUCGUGGGCUUUUCCUCUACUCUACCGCGCUUUUUCUGUGAAGGACAGAGGUAGAGAGGAGAGAGAGAGAGGAGGGGAGGGAGCGAACUCGGCGCACAGGAGCGAACAGAUGAGGAGGAAGACAGAAUGAUAGAAACAUAUUGCCGGGGUGGAUGACGAAAGAAGGGAAAAAAAAAAAAAAAAAACCUACUGUUUUUGAGCCAGCGAGGCUGUAACCAUAUUGCAGGUUCCUGCUGCCGGGCGAUUUGCCCGUUCAGAGAUGCAGAGUCUGUCGUCUUUUUAUCAUGCUGCCGGGAGCCCCUUGGAGGCGCCAGAGCUGGACCGGUCGGCGUAGCCGCGCGUGUUGACGGGAAGAAUCAAUUGAUGUGAGGCCCUUCGAGAGGACAGCCAACUUCAGCAAGUGUCGCUGCCCUGCAUCGAUCGGCGGAUCGAAGCAGACGCGUUUUAUAAACAUUAGCGUCGGAGGGGUUCAGGGUCCAGCGCGGCGCAGCGAUUAGAGAGCCUUUGCUGCUCCUAAUCAGGGAGCUGCAGGUUUGAAUCCCAGGUGGGGCACUGCCGUCGCACCCUCGAGCAAGGCAGUUAACCAGAGCUGCUUCGGUAAACAGCUGGCUGUGUCACUGGAAAAACAUUGAGACCGAAUCUCUGCGCUGAACAAACAGUCUGGUCCGCCGGGCACAACGCGUUCAGAGGAGUUUGCUUUUCGCUGCGAUUUUAAAACCAAACUGCUGAUCAGAACCGAUUUUUUUUUUGCUACACACCUGUUCUGGGAUCCAAAAAAAACUGUACCCACACCUUUCUGCUCCACGCACCCCCCCCCUCCCCAGCUGUACUUUCACCCCUCCUGGGGACCUCUGUAUUUGAGGUGUCAGCAGCGCCCUGAGAGGCAAAAAGGCAUGAAAGUAGAGGAGGGGGCGGGCGAGCCAGAGCGCGGGAUUGAUCUGCAAGAAAGGGGAGCCUCGAGUCCGAGAUGCAUCCCUAAAUAAGAGAGCUAUAUAUGAUACAGCGUCAGCCGGCAGGAGCGAGGGGCAGAGAAAGACUGACAUCGAUCCGGGAGAUAAAAGCACAGGAGGGCGAUCCGAGGAGGAGAAAGAGGGAUGAGGAGCAGAAAGAAGGGAGAUAACCAAGGACAAAUUAUCCUUUCCCUGCGCUGGGCUGCGACGGGUUCAAAUAUUAACUGCUGUCGCCAGCUCUUACAUCUUGUUUUCUCUCCUUUUCACUGAAUGGGAUUACGGAGGAAGGACCCCCUCCACACCGCUGUGAAACACGAAACCACCGUCUCUCCGCUGAAGGCUGCAUGUUGUCCUCUUAUGCAACAUUUCCCAUUUGGGUAUGAACACAGCAGUAUAAAAGAAAAAGAAAAGAAAAAAAUACAUUUGACAUUUUGUCCCUCUCUGCUGGAGGAAGCCAUGGCCAUCACUCAUAUAUGAAUACAUCUGAGAUUUCUGUGGAUGUUGUGAGCCCACCCCCUCCCUCCCACUGCUGCUAAAGCACGCCAGCUGCACCCAGGAGAGAAGGUGAUCCAGCAUCUGCCCCCAGAGUAAAGCACUGCCAUGUGGACCUGAUACACAGCUUACCCCAGCUAGGACACACAAGGUCUGUGGAUAACCAGGGCUACCAUGCCAAACCCCCCACCCCCAACCUCACCCCAUGCCCUCACACUUCAAAACCCUUCCAAAAAAUCACCAUGCAUCGCCUCCUUCCUGGAUCUUUCAUCCGUGAGUGUCCACCCGCCCAAACGUCUUCCGGUCUCUGUCUCCCCAAGGUUGACCUAUCCCUCUGCUAGGCCCCUGCACUCCUUGCUCUGGCUGGCCCUGUUGGUUUGGGGGGUGCCAGGAGUGAGGGCGGGCGAGACGUGGGGCAUGGUGUCCAUCUGCCCGUUCCACUGCGUGUGCCGAAACCUGUCCGAGUCGCUCAGCACCCUCUGCGUCAAUAAGGGGCUCCUCUUCGUCCCGCCCGACAUCGACCGCCGCACUGUGGAGCUGCGGCUGGCCGACAACUUCAUCGUAGAGGUGGGCGGGUCCGACUUCGCCAACAUGACGGGGCUGGUGGACCUGACGCUGUCCCGAAACACGCUGCACGCCCUCCGUCCCCUGGCCUUCUCCGACCUGGAGAGCCUCCGCUCCCUGCACCUGGACUCCAACCGGCUGACGGCCGUGGGCCCGCAGGACCUGAGCGGCCUGGUCAACCUGCAGCACCUCAUCCUCAACAACAACCAGCUGACCGACGUGUCGGACGAGGCCUUCCAGGACUUCCUGCUCACCCUGGAGGACCUGGACCUCUCCUACAACAACCUGCGGGAGGCGCCGUGGGAGGCGGUGCAGAACAUGGCCAGCCUGCACACGCUCAACCUGGACCACAACCUGAUCGAGCGCAUCCCCGAGGGCGCCUUCGGCGAGCUCUACAAGCUGGCCCGCCUGGACAUGACCUCCAACCGGCUGCAGACGCUGCCGCCGGACCCCUUGUUCGCCCGCUCGCAGCCCGGGGUCAUCAGCCCCACGCCCUACAACCCGGUGACCAGCCUGAACUUCGGCGGGAACCCGCUGCACUGCAACUGCGAGCUGCUGUGGCUGCGGAGGCUCAUCCGGCCCGACGACAUGGAGACGUGCGCCACGCCCGCACACCUGGCCGGCCGCUACUUCUGGUCGGUCCCCGAGGAGGAGUUCACCUGCGAGCCGCCGCUCAUCGCCCGCCACACCCACCAGCUGUGGGUGCUGGAGGGCCAGCGGGCCACGCUCCGCUGCCGGGCCGUGGGCGACCCCGAGCCGCUGGUGCACUGGGUGUCCCCGGACGACCGCAUCGUGGCCAACUCCAGCCGCAUCUACUCCUACCGCAACGGGACGCUGGACGUGCUGGUGACGCGCGCCCGCGACGACGGCACCUACACCUGCAUCGCCAUCAACGCGGCCGGCGAGGCCACCGCCCCCGUGGACCUCCGCAUCAUCCCGCUGCCCCACCGGGGGAACAGGACCGCCCCCCUCGCCCAGAACCGCGACACGGGCCCCUCUGACAUCAGCGCUGGGAAAGGCGGGGGCCGGGAGGGUGCCGGGAACGCCACCGGGGGAGGGGGCGACGGAGGGGCUGGGGGCGAGCGCAGGGUGGGGAUCAGGGGGAUCACUGCCACCACUGCGGACGUGCACUGGCACGUGGGCGCCGCCUCCCUGGAUUACCUGCCCUGGAUGUACCAGAUCCAGUACAACAGCACUGCCGACGAGACACUCAUGUACAGAAUCCUGCCUUCCACCAGCGACAGCUUCCGGCUCAGGAACCUGGUGUCGGGCGCGGACUACACCCUCUGCGUGCUGGCUGUGUUCGACGACGGGAUCACCUCGCUGUCCGCCACCAAGGUUCUGGGCUGCGCACAGUUCAGCACCAAGGACGACUUCCCCAAGUGCCGCUCGCUGCAGGCGCACUUCCUGGGCGGGACCCUGAGCGUGCUGGUGGGCGGGGCUGUGGUGGUGACGCUGCUGGUGUUCACCGUGGCCGCCAUGGUGCGGCACCACCGGGCCUGCGGUCACCACGACGACGGCGGCAGCGCCGGUGGGGACGAGUCCGGGCAGGCGGGCUCCUCGCUGUCCGCUAAGGCAACGAGCGUGUACUCACAGACCAACGGCGAUGGCGCCAUGAUGAUGGUGGUGCUGCCUAAUGUGACCCAGCUGCCCCCCAAACCUAAAAGCAAACACAAAUCCAAAGCCCCGCCCAAACCCAAGAACCUCACAGAGCCGUACGGGGGCGGGGCUGGGGGCGGAGAUGGGGGCGGGACCAGCCUCACCAUGGCUGUGCCAGAGAAACGGUUCCCACCCUUCACUCCGGAGAGCGAGCGUGUGACCCUGUACUACACCCCUGCCCACACCUCCGCCACCCUGCCCUACAGACUGUCCCGGGCCGGUAAGACCAAACCGCGACGUCCCGGGGUGGUGAGCCAAGGUGCGAGCAAGGAGGAUGCGACAGACACGGGAGGGGCCUGCCCUGAACCCAGAACCCUGCGCGCCAAGCGCAGCUGCUCCUUUGACAUGGGCGAGGUCGCCACGACGACCUGCUACAGCUACGCUAAGCGGCUAAGUGUGAUCUGGACGAGGCGGAGCCAGUCGCUGCAUGGCAUGCUGGUUCAGUGUGCCUCGGCCGCCAGCACAUCCAGCAGCGGCAGUGACCACCACACGCAUGCGCUCACACGCGGCUACCUGCAUGCCUAUGGCGGCUCCGACUCCGGAUCCAGCGCAAUCACCAACGGUGAGGAGCUGGAGGAGAGCGUGGUGUAGGAGGGGCCGAACCGAGGCAUGGAGAAACAAGCAAAGAAAGGGAGAGCGAGAGAGAAAGAGAGCGAGAAAGAGAGAGGGAAGAGAAAGGGA